CCAAGCGGCUUCGGUUCCCGACCGCGUCUCUUGCUCGGUCGCUCGCUCUGGCCUCUGGUUAACGGGGAACUCGCCGGUCUUCCCCUCCGCGCCGCCGUAUCGGUGCGCCGCUCUGGCAGACUAGAGACGGGGAAGCGAAGGAGGAGGGAGGAUGAUCUACACGGCGAUCGACACGUUCUACCUGACGGACGAGCAGCUGCGGGACUCGCCAUCGCGCAAGGAUGGGAUCGACGAGGCCGCCGAGGCCUCCCUCCGCGUCUACGGCUGCGACCUCAUCCAGGAGAGCGGCAUCCUCCUCAAGCUACCACAAGCAGUGAUGGCCACAGCACAAGUCCUGUUCCAUCGUUUUUACUGCAAGAAAUCAUUUGCACGAUUUAGUGCUAAGCGGGUUGCAGCUAGUUGUGUCUGGCUAGCUGGGAAGUUGGAGGAGAGUCCAAGGAGAUCAAAGCAUAUUAUAUUUGUCUUCCAUAGAAUGGAAUGCAGGAGAGAAAACCUGCCAAUUGAAUUCUUGGACGUAUUUUCAACGAAAUAUACAGAGCUGAGGCAUGAUCUCAUAAGGACCGAACGUCAUCUAUUGAAGGAGAUGGGGUUUAUUUGCCAUGUCGAACACCCUCACAAGUUCAUCUCGAACUACCUUGCAACACUAGAAGCUCCUGAGCUGACACAAGAAGCUUGGAACCUUGCCAAUGAUAGUUUGCGGACAACUCUUUGCGUACGGUUCAAGAGUGAAGUUGUGGCAUGUGGAGUCGUGUAUGCUGCAGCUAGGAGACACCGGGUUCCCCUCCCUGAAGAUCCUCCUUGGUGGACAGUCUUUGAUGCUGAUGAGGCAGGAAUUCAGGAAGUUUGCAAGGUUCUUGCUCACCUCUACAGCCUCCCGAAGGCACAGUAUAUUCCAGUGUACAAAGACAAUGAUUCCUUCAGUGUUAGAAGGGCCUCUGAUACACAGGCUUCUAAGGAGAGUCCUGCAAGUGCUGUUGCUAGUGAUAGGGGUACCGCUGUGCCUUCCAGUUCUAGCCAGGAGAAGAAUUCCCUGACCAAGGCAGGACCAGAGAAGGUGAAGGAAAACAGUGAUAACAAGGAUAAGCCAGUGCCUGCUGAGCUAAAUGGAAAAGGAGACCAGGCAGUGAAUUCGAAGAGUGAGAAGUCAGAGUCCAAUGUUGACCGGACUGAGGAAAGAGAAAGAAGUAGAUCAAGAGGUCGGGACCGUGAUAGUAGGGGUAGGGAUUCUGAUCGUGACAGGGAGCGUGAUCGAGCCAAGAGACACCGUUCGAGGGACAAAACUUCAGGAUACUCGGACAAGGAGAAAUCAAGGCACCGCUCAUCACGAGACCGUGGCGGUUACUACUCAUCUGGUGACAAAGAUCGGCGCAGGCACCAUUGAUCCCGCCGAGCUUUCCUGAAGAUCAUAUGAGUAGAGCCCACCCAGCCGUUAGCCAAGCAUGAGAAGAAAUUGGUGCCUUCAGAUGUAUGUCAAGCAAAUCAGGCUUCAUCUCUACCUUUUUUUGAAAUGGAAUUUUGUAAUUCGUCUGUAACAGUAAUGUUGUACACAGUAACAGAGCUUCCCAUCUGCCUGUAGCUUCUGAAGAGGUAACAAAGGCAAGAGACUUGGAGUAGAUUCGUGCUUAAAAGCGAAGGCUUUUGGAGAGUGACUGAUAACAUGAUAAAAUCCGUUUCUUCUUUGGGAGCAUCCGGGCAUGAUGAAAACUUUAGUUAUCUCUGAUUACGGCUCCUGGGCUGCUAUGCGAUACUGUAAGUUGUUUCGUGACUAAUACGGAGUAUGUAUCUUGACAUAAUUAAUCCGGGCCUGGUUCAGUACAUCCAAAUAUUAGAAACUCUUUUAGGGAUGUAACUAUGAAUUUUUUGCGAGAUAUGAAUUUUAAAGAGUUGGGUUGGAGAUCA